CCCAAAAGAGAGUGAGAGAAAGAAUUACUUGUCCCAGAUGUAGAGAAAGAAUGAGAAUCAAAAGAAAGAGCUUCUUGUUCUUGUGGUUCUCUAUCCGAUCCCAAAUCAUUGAUCUUCUUCGUCUUCUUCUUUCGAAAUUUGUGAAGAUGGAGAACGUCAGAAGAGCAUCCCAUGCUGGUUCUUGGUACACUGACAAUCCCAAGAAAUUAGCAGAAGAGCUUGAAGGAUGGCUGAGGGCGUCUGGCCUGGAAAAAUCUCCUGAUGUAAGAGGUGUAAUUGCUCCGCAUGCAGGUUACUCAUAUUCAGGUCGAGCUGCUGCCUAUGCAUUUGGAAACAUAGAUCCGACAAACAUUUCUCGGGUGUUCCUUCUUGGUCCAUCUCAUCACCAUUAUACUCCAAAAUGUGCUCUUUCAACAGCAACAGUUUACAAGACACCCAUAGGGGACCUACCUAUUGAUUUGGAAGUCAUUGAGGAGCUAAAAGCCACCGGAAAAUUUGAAAUGAUGGAUAUUCUCAUUGAUGAGGCUGAACAUAGCAUGGAAAUGCACUUGCCAUAUAUUGCUAAAGUAUUUGAGGGGCACCAGGUAAAAGUUGUACCCAUUUUGGUUGGUGCUCUUAGUGCCGAAAAUGAAGCCUUCUAUGGACGGCUGCUUGCCAAAUAUGUGGAUGAUCCAAAUAAUUUCUUCUCUGUGUCCUCAGAUUUUUGUCAUUGGGGUUCUCGAUUCAAUUACACGCACUAUGACAAGAAACAUGGGGCCAUAUACAAAUCAAUCGAGUCCUUGGACAGGAUGGGCAUGGAGAUAAUAGAGACAGGAGAUCCAGAUGCAUUCAAACAAUAUCUGAUGGAAUAUGACAACACCAUUUGUGGACGCCAUCCCAUUAGCGUUUUCCUUCAUAUGCUGAGGAACUGCUCAACCAAGAUAAAUGUCAAAUUUCUGCGGUACGAGCAGUCAAGUCAAUGCAAAAGUAUGAGAGACAGCAGCGUAAGUUAUGCAUCUGCAGCAGCGAAGGUGGAUAUGCUUGAAGCUUAAGUGUGUUGCCAUAUCUCCCAUUAAUAUACUGAGAAAUUUAAUUUAAUUUCAAUUGGCUGUAAUACUUAACCUUAAUCUCAUGCAAGAACCAGCGAAUGUUGGUACCUGCCUUCCCUGUUUAUAUGUUUAUUGCUAAAAAUGGAUCAUCCUGCCAAUCUAUUUCCUCUGUCUUUUGCUGCA